UGCAGCUGCCCAAGACCGUACGGGUGUCUAAGGCAACAGCAUAUGAUCACAACCCACGCGCUCUGCAUUCUGAUUGGCCGAGCACUUCAACUUGACUGGCCACCUCGUCCCAUGUAACGGAUGCGAUCGAAAGGGACGAGAAGUGUGGAGACUAUUAUUCUGCUGCGGUGUGGCAUGGAACUAUUCGCGACUUUGAACGUCCGUCGCGUCGAGGACCAGCGAGCGAUUGAGCGAGUCAUGGCGUCUCGAGAUAAGCGCUGGCUGGCAAGUUUAGGGCUCAAGGGAUCGCGCACCUCUCAGUUGUCGUGUGACGGAUUGGCGGAAGUGGAACAGGCGGAUCCGGACGCAGAGAUGGCAGCUCUGGACGAGGAGAUGGUGGAUAUGGCCUUGAACACGCCAGCGGAGAACGAACGGCCUGUUCAAUUAAGUAUGAGACUCAUCCGAGAAAGUUGUGCAGUGUCCAAGAAGUCCACGCGACGGACUCGAAGCUCAGAGCACGAAGACAAGGAGGUUGAGGCGAUAUUGCGCAAGAAAAUACUGCGGUUGGAUUGGCUAGACAUUGGUAAGAUCGAGAACUUGGACGCCUUCACACACGUGGAGGAGCUGUAUCUCCAGUACAACCUGAUCGAAAACAUCGAAGGCUUUGACGAUCAUAACCUGCUCACGUUCCUUGCUCUUGCGGGCAACCGAAUCCGAGAAGUUAAGAACCUCAAGCACCUGCACAAUCUCAAGUUUCUAGAUCUGUCGAUGAACUACAUCGAGGACUUUGAUGUCGGCGAGUUCCCUAAAUCUCUUCGUGUCCUCAGACUCACUGGGAACCCGUUCGUACGUCAUAUGCCCGCUUACGCACAACUCUUUUUCGAGCGACUACCCAACCUCAUGCAAGUGGACCAAUUCCGACGAUCCUCAACAGAAAAGGCCCCAUUAUCAGCGUUGUCAACACAGAGCGAAACCUCAGCACCAGACAACGCAGCCGUGUUGCCUCUCCCUUCACCAAUGGUCGAGAACCGCGCAUUAAUGGAGCUACCACACAACGAGCAGGACCUACACGAGAAGCAGGAAGGAUUCGAAGCAGAUAACAGUGUGUUCAAUCUUGCAGACUAUGAGAAGCAAAGCAGCGAUCGGAUGUCCAAGUGGAAGACGCAAUUGACAGAGCUGACGUCGCGAACAAGAGAGCAAUUAGCUGAAAGUGGCGAGUCUAUCAAAGCCGACACAAGCACCAGAUUUCACGAAAGACGCAGCCUCGUAUUAUCACGAGCCCGAAGAGCGACAGAUGCAGCUCUCGUCGACGCUGCGAGUCACUUUAAACAGGUGCGCAUGCGUGUUCGAACAAGUAAAAAGAUAGUAAAGCGCCCAGCAACAAGCUAACGCGUGUACCCGUUGUCUUCGUAGAUGGAAUUAGCGCAUCAAGACUGGCACAAUAGUCAGCAAAGACAACCGACAACCUCGCAAGUCAGUUACUAACACGUCGAAAAAAAGAAGUUGGAUAUUCCAUAGCAUGUAAAAAGAAUUAAACAAAAACAAAAGGCAUCCCUUGUAAAAAAAAAAAAAAAAA